AUGGAUGAAUUUCGAGAACGUAUCGGUAACACCCUCCGAAUUGAAGACAACAAACUCCUCCGAGAGUUGCUCGCCGAAUGUAUCGGCACCUUUUUCUUACUGCUGAUCGGUACCGCUGCCAAUGUUCAAGCAGCAGCAGCCGUUGGUGGAAAUUCGACAUCAGCUCACAUUGCUUGGGGCAUUGGAUUCAUGUUUGCAGUAUAUCUUGCUGCAAGUGUUUCAGGUGCCCAUCUGAAUCCGGCUAUAUCCGUUGCUCAAUGUAUACUCGGUAACAUACCAGGAUGGAAAGUCUUCUUAUAUUCCAUAGCUCAACUGAUUGGCGCUUAUCUCGGCACAGCUGUCAGUUACUUUGGACAUCACGAUGAUCUGUGGAAGCUCGACGGUGGCAUUCGUCAAGUGACUGGCCCACAAGGCACUGCUGGUCUGUUCACGACGUUUCCUUCUUCCUACAUGAGCACAUGGGGCAGUCUUCUUGAUCAGGUAUUCACUGAGACUCUGACAACAAUUUUUUUUUUCAAAAAUUCUCAAAAAACGGCACAGGAUCCCUUCUGGUUUCGUCAUGGUAGGGAGGUGCAUUGUCGCUUCUCUAAUGGCGGCUUUGCCAUCAACCCAGCUCGAGAUCUUGGUCCACGGCUAUUCGUUCUAUGUGCUGGUUACGGGUGGCAGGUUUUCAGCGCCUAUGGAUUCUAUUUUUGGAUUCCGAUAGUGGGUCCACUGAUUGGCGCCGUCCUCGGUGCAUGGAUCUACAAGUUAUUCGUUGGACUUCAUGGACUCAGCGAAGAACUCGAAGUUUCCUCAAAAGGUUACAAUGUAAGUUUACCUGUGUACACGAGCGGCGAUGUACAUGUCAAGACGAGGGUUGGCUGA